AGAGAGAGUAUUGAAAAUAGAAUGUUCAUAACACUCCACUUAAAAAAUGAUAUAAAGGAAAUAAAGAUAAUAUUAACUUUACCAUAUUACUCAUUUUAAGUAUUAGUCUAUUUAUCUUUAUCAUAUAUCCAAUAAUUGAAGCUUUAAAUCAUUGCUAGCUAGCUGUAAAGUUUCUCAAUAAUUAAAGCUUUAAAUCAUUGCAAUAAACCAAGAAAGAAAAAGAAGAAUAGCUGAUAGAACUUGAAUUCCAGUGAACACUACUUUAUUCUCUUGAUACUAACUACUGCAGAUUGAAGAAAUUAAGGGGAACAUUGUUUGCUGCAGAACUUGGUUUGCAGUGACCACUUACUUAUUCUCUUGAUGCUAGUUACUGCAGAUUGAAGAAAAGGGAACAUUGCUCAAAAGAUUUGAGCUAGUAUGCGUUGAAAGUGCAGAAAAUCAGAUUGGAGAAAAGAAGAAGAUUGUCACAAGACUUGAGCAUGCGCUGAAAGUGGUUAUUUGUAAAUCUGUUGGAAAACAAGAUGGCGGGUUGCUUGACUGAUUUGGCGAAGACAUAUGUGGAAAAAUUGAUAAAUGGGGCAAUAGCAGAGACACGUCCUGUAUUUUGCUUCACAUGCAUUGCUAAUGAGUUCGAAGAAGAAAAGGUUAGGUUGGAAGCAGAAAGAAUAACUUUGGAGCAACGUGCUAAAGUGGCAGCAGGAAGAGAUAAAGAUAUUCAAGCUAAUGUUUGUUUUUGGGAAAAGGAAGUCGAUAAGAUCAUUCAAGAGGACAUCAAAACAAAAAAAACAUGUUUUUUUGGAUUAUGUCCUGAUUGCAUAUGGCGAUAUAAAAGGGGAAAGGAGUUGGCAAAUAAGAUGGAGGAGAUUAAACGAUUAACAGAAAAGGGAGAGAAACUGGAAAACAUUGAACUCCCUCGCCGUCUUCCAGAUGUUGAACGUUAUUCAUCUGAGUAUUACAUUGCUUUUAAAAGCAGAGAGUCAAAAUACAAAGAACUUCUGGAUGCACUAAAAGAUGACAACAACUAUAUAAUCGGAUUGCAAGGGAUGGGAGGCACUGGAAAAACUACAUUGGCCAAAGAAGUGGGUAAAGAGCUAAAGCAAUCUGAACAAUUCUCUCAUGUCAUUGACACAACUGUGUCGUUUAAUCCUGAUAUAAAAAAAAUUCAAGAUGAUAUUGCUGGACCUUUAGGACUGAAAUGGGAGGACUGUAAUGACUCAGACCGACCCAAAAAACUGUGGAGCAGAUUAAUAAAUGGUGAGAAAAUUCUUCUAAUAAUGGAUGAUGUGUGGGAUCGAGAUAUACCUCUUGAUUUUGAUCAAAUAGGAAUUCCAAAACGAGACAAUCACAAAGGUUGCAGAAUUCUUAUAACCACACGCAGUAAACGAAUAUUCAACAAAAUGGAUUGUGAUAAGAACAUUGAGUUGGAGCUCUUAUCUGAAGAAGAAUCAUGGACCAUGUUCAAAAGGUAUGCUGGAAUAAGUGACAGUUCUUCAAAAAAUUUGAUCAGUAAGGGACGCAAAAUUGCUAACGAAUGCAAACGAUUACCGGUUGCAAUUGCAGUUAUCGCCAGCAGUUUAAAGGGCCAACAACUUCGCAAGCAUGAAUGGGAUGUGACCUUAAAAUCCUUGAAGAAGCAUGUGUCCAUGCAUGGUGUUGAUGAUUAUUUGGUGGGAAUUUAUAAAUGUUUGAAGAUUAGCUAUGAUUAUAUGAAGGAUGAAAAAGCCAAGGGGUUGUUUCUCUUAUCUUCUGUAUUCCCAGAAGAUAAAGAAAUCUCUAUUGGAGUUCUAACUAGACUUGGCAUUGGAACAGGCCUUCUUGGAGAAGAUUAUGGAAGCUACGAUGAUGCUCGAAACCAAGUAGUUGUAGCCAAAAAUAAACUCAUAGAUUCUUGUUUGUUGGUGGAGGUCGGUGAAAGACUUGUAAAAAUGCAUGAUUUGGUUCGUGAUGCAGCUCAAUGGAUAGCAAACAAAGAGAUUCGAGGUGUAAAUUUGUCUAACAAAGAUCAAAAAUCAUCGGUUGAAAGGGAAAAGAAUAUUAAAUAUUUGUUUUGUGAAGGGAAGGACAUGGAUUUUUUUUCCUGUAAGUAUGAUGGUUCCAAACUGGAGACUCUCAUUGUCAACAUGGAUAGAGAUGAAGACCACAAAUGUACGGAAGUCCCAAUUUCUUUCUUUGAAAAUAUUGUUAAGCUUCGAGUUUUAUACUUUUCAGCUAAUGGCAAACAACCUCUAUCAUUGCCACAUUCAAUACAGUCAUUGGCGAAUAUUCGAUCUAUGUUGAUUGAACAAGUGGAUUUAGGUGACAUCUCUGUUUUGGGAAACCUGCAAAGUCUUGAGACUCUUGACUUGAUUAAAUGCACAAUCAUUGAAUUGCCACACAAAAUUACAAAAUUGGGGAAAUUUAAAUUGUUAACCUUGGCAGGAUGUGAAAUUAGAAGGAAUAAUCCAUUUGAGGUUAUUGAAAGAUGCUCAGCACUUGAAGAAUUGUAUUUUCUUGACAGUUUCAACAGUUUUUGUCUAGAAAUAACCUUACCUGAGUUGCAAAUUUAUCGUGUUUGUAAAGAGUGGCAUGUGAUGAAUUAUUCAUUAUCAAAAUAUGUGUCUUUUUGUUCAGGUGAUGAUGCAUAUUUUUUUUCAAAAGAAACAUUCAAGUAUUGCAUGCAAACAGCAGAGGUUCUUCAACUAGAUGGAAUUAAGGAGGGAUGGAAAAAUCUGAUGCCUGAGAUCGUUCCUAUAGAUCUAGGUAUGAAUGAUCUUGUUGAGCUUCGUUUGCGUUGUAUUUCACAGUUACAGUGUCUCAUUGACACUAUUGGUUCUCAAGUACCAAAAGUAUUGUUGAAGUUGGUUGUACUAGAACUGAAUAGAAUGGAAAAUUUGAAAGAACUAUUCAAUGGUUCCCUUUCUUUCGACUCUUUGAAGAAUUUAGAGAAGCUAUUGAUAAAGGAUUGUCAAAAUUUUCAAAGUUUGUUCAAUUGCAAGCUAAAUCUCUGCAAUCUAAAGACUGUGACACUCCAGAAAUGUCCAAUGUUGGUUUCCUUAUUUCCACUGUCAACUUUUCGGAACCUGGUGCUGCUAGAGAAAUUGCAUAUAGUUGAUUGUGAAGGACUGAAAAACAUAAUAAAAGAUGAAAGAAGAGAGGAGGAAUCAAUAGAAGAAAUAAAUGAAAGUGAUAAUGAUAACAAGAGUUAUGGCUCAAUGUUUCCAAAAUUAAAAGUUCUUCAUAUUGAGGGAUGUCACCGAUUAGAAUCAGUACUUCCCAUCCUCUCUUGUCAAGACCUUCAGGUACUAGAAAGUAUUAGAAUAAUAAGAUGUGAUGAGCUGAAAUACAUAUUUGGAAAAUACCAACAUGUUCAACUCGGUUCACUAAAACAAAUACAGCUUUGUCAAUUACCAAAUUUCAAGGAUAUUUUUCCAAAAUAUUCUCAUUCCAUCUCUUCGCUCUUGAACGAGCCAUCUUCCACUUCUAGAGAUGGUUUCAAGGCACAAAUACAAUUGGAACCUAUCAAAUGCAAUAUAUUUUCUUGGAGUUGUGUAUGUUGUCAUGGUCAUGCGACUAAAUAUCGACACAAACUUGGAAGUGUGUCAACUACUAGAAUCCCAUUGGCUUAUGAGGAUCAACUGCAGGACAACUCAACAACAUCAGUAUCGCAUUCACGGUGUCUUCAAAUAUGGGAACGUGUUCAAUGUCUUCCAGUACAACCGCAUAUCAUGUGCAAUAUUAAAGAGAUUACAUUGUCUCAUUUUUUGAAGAUAAAAUCAGUGUUUACGCUGUCUAUUGCUCCAAGAAUGUUGGUGGAAACUUUGAGUAUUAGGAACUGUCAUGAAUUGAAGCACAUAUUAGUAGACAUUGGAGAUCAUGACAGUGGUGGAAAUAAUUGGGGCGAUGUCUUCCCAAAAUUGAAAAGUGUCUAUGUUGAAGAUUGCAUGCAGUUGGAAUACAUAGUUGGACAAUACAGUGAAAACCAUCAAAACCACACUGAGAUUCACCUUCAUCUUCCGGCAUUGCAAUGUCUCAAUCUUUGCAAUCUGCCAAGUUUAGUCGCCAUGUGUCCCAAACAAUAUUGCACAACAUUUCCACCUUUGAAAGAACUUGAACUCAAAAAAUGCUACCAGAUUGCUAUCAAAUCUAUUGGUGAAUUCAUUAUUCAUUCAAUUUCAGAAUCCCUGGACAAUAUAAACAUGAAGGAAUUGACUGGGAGCGUGGAGCAUUUUAGUGCUUUGGAAAGUCUCAUGGUAUAUAACUCAAAAGCAGAAAAUAUAUUUUGUCUCAAUGAAAUAGAUGGACAACAAAUAAACUUAAGGUUGCAAAGAAUUGGGUUAUAUGAUCUGCAUGAUAUGAUGUUUCUUUUUGUUGGUCCCAAAGAUUCAUUUGCACUAAAAAACCUUACAAGCAUAAAAAUCGUGCGAUGUGAAAAAUUGGAAAUUGUCUUCUCCACUUCCAUUUUAAGAUGCCUAUCACAAUUGCUUUAUCUAAGAAUAGAAGAAUGCAAAGAGUUGAAAUAUAUCAUUGAAGAUGACAUGCAGAAUCAAAACUUGUUAAAUUCCUUGUCCUCAAAGACAUGCCUCCCAAAGCUAAAAACACUUGCUGUAGUGAAGUGUUACAAAUUGAAAUGUGUCUUUCCGGUCUCCAUAUGUAAAGAGCUUCCCGAGUUAAAGGCUCUGGUGAUAACAGAAGCAGAUGAGCUCGAGGAAAUAUUCAAAAGUGAAUGUGACCAGAAAGUCCAAAUUCCAAAUCUAAAUAUUGUAGUAUUUGACAAACUACCAAGCCUCUUCCAAACCGAAGGAAUUCAAUUUGAGGCGGCAAAAAAUCGUUUUGUUCAAAAUUGUCAAAACCUUUCUUUGACUUCAACAUUAACUCCUUCUGUCAUCUUUGACAUUCAAUAUCGCCUAGGCACAGAUUUUGAAACAAUGAAAAAUCUUUUGAAUCCAUUUCAACAAUUACAACAAGAGUCCAAAGAUCACGAUCCUGGUGAUGAAAAUCUAAGUGCAGAAACCAAUAAAGAUAAUUCUGUUGGGAUUGAAGUUGAAACAGCAUUAGGACACGAGUUGACUUCUUCACAGAUACAAAUGAAACAAAUACCGGAGGCACAACAUGAAAUUGUUGAAAAUGAUCCUGAUGUAGAGAUACCAUCAGUAGCACUAUUACCAAUGAAUUUAGAAUUGGUGAAUGAACAAUCAAUGAGUCAACAAUAUUUGACGAACCAACAACAUCCACAUGCAGAAAUUGAUACUGUUGUCAUACCUUCUCGGGGAAAUGAUUGUUUGAAUGAAACAGAGGACCAACUUAAUCAUGAAGGUUAUACACCAGUCAAAAUUGUAGCUGCAACUAUGUCUACUAUUUCAGAUGCAAGGAAUGAGUUACCGAUACAAUUGGUUUCUCCUAAACAAAAGGAACAAGAUGUUGACGUCGGAGAAACUAUGGAUACUGCUAAGACUAAUGAUGAUCAAGUUUCUCCAAAUGAUGAUGUUGUCAUGAAAGUAAGCUCAAUUAUCGAGGAACAUUUUUCUAAGGAUGAUGAGUUUAGAGUUUCAAAAUCGAAGCCCUCUCCUAGCAAUAAUAUUCCUUUGCCUCUUGCAUUUCAGACUCCUUCAAUGCCUUAUGAAGUGAAAACUUCUCAAAUAAUGGAAGAUUUUAGUUCUCCUUCUCUUGUCAUGCGGGAGCUUGAGCAACUGGUCUCCAAGAAGCAUUUGGAUUAUGAAAAUUUGUCUUUGUUGACUGAUUUUCUUGUUAAGCAUCCUUCGGUUAUUUUAAGGGACACUUCACUAAGUAACAGAUACAAGGGUUAUGCAUACAACUGCCUAGCUGAGCUAUUGAAAUUCCUCCAAACACAUAGUGUGUUGGAUGUGCUAGGUUCAUGCCACUUUGAAUUUGUUGAGAUAUUACAGGAUGUGCGCAGAUUUGGUUUUGAUAAGGAUUGGUUGGAUGGUGUCGAAAAGCGAGCUUUGUUUCCUGAUUUGCAAUUCUCUCAAGAUGCAUUGCUAACACUAUUGGAUUCCAAGAAACAGGUUACCAAGGAUGUUGAAGUGAUGCGUUCGAAGAUAGACAUUUUAACUCAACAUGUUGAAGAUCUUAAGCAUCAAUUGACCUCCUCUGAAGCUAUUUUGGAGAGUAUCAUUCAACAGGAGGCACAAGUUUUAGAAUCUAAGGCUGCUUUAAGUGCUCCUCUUGGCUAUUAGGCUAUUUUUCCAUGCAUUGUUUUACUGCUAUAUAUAGCUUUUGUUGUUAGAGCUUUUAUCCUUGAAUCUUGGGUAGUUUCUUCUUUUCUCAUUUGAAUUGGAAACUUUCUUAUUUUGUUUA